GCGUCUCGGGGUGGCCGCUCCCACUGGCUCUGGGAGUGCUGCAGAGCUGGCUGGGGCCAGGGUGCCAGUGAAACAAGCAGGUAGGAACACUCCCACCAGCACAGAGCCAGGCACUUCCCCAGCUCCAGAGCACCCAAGCACCACUGAGGCUGCGGCUGUGCCUCGGAGCAGGGCCACUGAGGUCUGCGCCGUGUGGGCAGUGUGGGCAGCGGGGGGCUCAGUGGUGGCAGGAUGUGCCAGUGUGGUGGGAGACCUCGGCUGCUGGCAGAUACACAACUGGACCCGAGGGGCCAGAUCCCCCAUGCGGCAGCCCAUGCCCGUGGUGUGGGGACCCUGCACUGCUAGCUGAGGGGCCCAGCAUCUCCAGAGGAUGGGGUGUCCCUCUCUAUCCCUGUACUUGCUGCCCCUGCUCUGUGCCAGCAGCAGGAAGCUGGGUCCCUGCUCAGGUGCCCCUUUUAAUCAUUGACUGCAUUCCCUCAGCAGUCAGGAGACGUGACUCCGGCACCUUCCCUGCUGCCAUGCAGGAGUCACAGUCACCCGCGAGGCUCGGGCGCAGCCAGCAUGACCAGGGUUAGCGCUAGUGGGCACAGCUCCCCAGGGAUGUGGCAGGGAAGAGCCUCUGGGGUCACGCUCAGGUCUGCUGAGACCAUGUUCUCAGCCAGGAUCCUCCUCUCGCCACGGGGACAGUUACCCGCAGCCAUGCUGGCAGACCCCUGCGUUCCCAAAGCUGUCCUCAGCCUGUUCUGAGGAAGCACCUGGCAGAGCCAAGGUGGGGACGGCAAUAUCCUGAAUGCCGCGCACUGGGGACAGGAGCCAAAGCAUUCCUGUCUCCCGGAAGGUGAUGCUGACUGCGUGGGCUGGAGCCACUGGCCCUGUCACCAGCAUGCUCACUCCAGCUGCUCAGGCUGGCUGGGGGCAGCUCCAGCUGGAUCAUCCCCUCAACAGCCAGCCAGGCACCCUGGGACUGAGGCACAACCGUGGGCAAAUCCACUGGCACCCACACUGCUCCCCACAGCUCUCAUCUUCCUCUGCGGUUUCCCCCUCAUCUCCUGCCAUGAGCCCAUUUCUGGGCUCCCGUCUGCUCCUGUCGAGCUGGUCUGGUGCAGCCCCACUGCUGGCAUCCACUCUCACACCCUCACAGUGCCAGCUGCUCACUGCCAGCACCAAGGUCACCCCACACUGAGGUCACCCUGCACUGGGGCAAAGCCGUCACAGGGUCAGACCAGGGCAAUGACCCUCAAGGACAACACUGGCAUGGGAACCGCAGCCCAGCCACGGCGGGACACCAGGGCAGCCCCUCCCUGACAGUGGGAACGGUGACCUUGGGUGUGCAGUGUGGGAAUGGCAGCAGUGCUGCUGCUCCAGGGAAGCUGCUGCUGGGUCCAGGUAGGGCUCUGUUCCUGCAUAUCAUCAUGCAAGGACAGAGCUUCCAUUCCGGUGGGCAGCACUCCCACCUCGCAGCCGUUACCACCCCUAUCCUGCCCCACCACCACAGCACCGUGUCCCAGCCCUGGUGCUGGGACCACUGGGCUGCAACACAGUUGCCUUCAUUCGUGGCAUCCCAAAGUCAGCCCAGCCCAGCUCGCUAAACAGUGUUACCACUGGGACCCAGAGUGGGAGCAUCCCAGUCAGCCUGAGCAUGGCCAGGUCCUGGCAGUUGCCUGGCAGGUCCCCAUCCUGGAGGGCACAGGGACAAAGACUGCCCUGCUGAUCUCCUUGCUGCUCCAGGCCUCUGCCUAUCCCCUCGUGUUGCUCCCGCUGUGGUGACACGCGGCACAGUGGUGGGGCAGGCGGCUGAGCCGUCCCUGCCGGCUCCUGUUCCUGCAUAAACACCCAGGCAGGGAGGGGACCACAGGCAAAGGCAAACAGUUACUGAUUUACUGCCACGCCACCGUGCCACAUUGUUGACUGUGGGGUUAAAUUACCUGGAGACGGACCCCGCCAGAGCAGACACCAGCUCGUGACUCAGGCAGGGAUCAUGUCCCAGCCCCAGGCACCCCUGGCCCAUGCAGGUUUGCAGGAUGCUCCAACCCGGGGCUGGGGCUGCCUCUGCAGACUCUGCCAGCAGCAAGGGCACAUCACCAGGGACAGGGCAGGUCUCACCCUCCUACGGGAGGCUGUGGAGGAGAUGGGCACUGGCAGAGUUGGCAAACGGUGAGGUGAGCAGGACAGCCACGUUGGGUGGGCGAGCUGGGCCCGACCAAACCAGCCCUGGCUCGAGACUGGCAGGCACCAUGAAGUGUCCUGCCCCACAAGACAUGCUCUGGGCAGGGUAUCCUGGACAUGCCAAGGGGUUCUGGGGUUGCACAGCCCCGGCACCCCCAAGUCCCGGAGCACUGGGUGCAUUUGCCAAUGGUUCAUUCCCCACCAGCCACUUGCCCAUCCAGUGCUGCCAGAUGGUCCGUCCUCAUCCCUGGGGCUGUGGGAGACUGCAAGGAUGAUGGGAGCCAUGGGAUGAGAUGGCAGCCAGGCAGAGCUACCAUGGCUGCUCUGGGGAAGUGCAGGGGAGCCCUGGGUUGGGCAUCUGCCCAAGGCACAGGCAGCCUGGAGGGCCCUUCAGUUAAGGACCCAGAGCUGGAGGAGAACAGCGUCUGGAACAGGAGCAGGAACUGGGUGAGCAGCAGCAGAGCCGAGCUGCAGCCCUGUCUGCACCACCAGUUCCUCCCGGCCUCUGGGCAUCGGUAACCCAGGCCAGGGGCUUCACUCAAGCUCAUGACUGUGGCCAGGGCAGCACAGGGUGAGUCCAAGUGGGGACAGGUCGUGCCCUGUCCCUGGUGCACCUGCACCUGCUACGCUGCCCGCGAGCGGUACCACUGCAUCCCCAUGGCCGAUCCCUGCGUGGGGCCAUGGCAGCCCAGCACUUCAGUGGGAUCAGUCUGGAGCUGUCUAGGGUCCAGCGUGCAGGGGCUGCAGCCGGUGGUGGUUGGCUGCCAUUCCUGCUGGGCGAGUUCUCAGCAUGGCCGCCCGGUCUCCUCGAGGCUCCCCCUCCCUGGUCGGCAGCCAGGAGCGGCAGAUACCUGAUACUCGGGUUGUGCAAGCGCGAAGGGGGAGCCUGGCCCUGCCCGGCCCUUGGGAACCACCCGGAAGGCCGAGCCCGCCAGCCCCACCUGGAGAGGAGCUUAAAGGCCGGCCGGGCGGCCGCAGCGCAGCCGGUUCCUGCAACAUGCCCACGGCCCGCAGCGUCCUCAUCUUGGCGGGGCUCCUGGCUCUCUGGGCAGAGCUGCCGGCAGCAUCCGCCCAGAAUGUCACCACAAAAGCCGGCGUGUGCCCGGACCCGGCGACGGAUGCGGUGAACUGCACGGUGGGGUGCCAGUCCGAUGGCGACUGCGAGAGCACCCUCAAGUGCUGCCCGGCGGCCUGUGGCAAGGCCUGCCAGAAGCCCGACGGUAACGCUCCCUCCUGCUCCUGGCUGUGCUGCUCGGAGCACAACAGCCCAUCCCAGCCCAUCCCAGCCCAUCCCAGCUGGCAGCACCGGUGCUCCAGGGUGCGGUGGUGGCCACGGGCCUGGGCGCCCGAUGCGGGUCCAGCUGCAGCAGGGGGACCAGGGUCUGUGUGGGAGCCCAGCAGGCUCGGGGUGUGCUCCCGCUGGGCCACACUCUCCCCUUCCUCCUCUCAGCGAUGCAGGGAAAAGCCUGGCACCUGCCCGCCCGUCAGCCCGGGCAUCCCCAUGCUGGGUGUCUGCACCGACCAGUGCAAGAGUGACGCCAACUGCUCCGGGAACCAGAAGUGUUGCAGGAAUGGCUGCGAAGCCCAGCGUGAUCGCAGUGCGAUGCUGGGCCAGCGCAGCUUCCUCCUGGUGCUCCUGGCGCUGCUCGCCCUGGCCCAGCAGCACGGCCGUGGGGACCAGGGCACUGCUCCCACCUUCACCGCAGCCCCACAGGGACGCUGGACACCCACUGCCCCACCUGCCCCCCCCAAAGCGGAGAGCCCAGGCUACUGCCCCCGCGCCGGCAGUGCCAUCGGGCCGAGCUGCGGGGCGAGCUGCCACAACGACACCGCUUGCCACUCCGGGGAGAAGUGCUGCACCCGCGGCUGCUGCACCCGCUGCGUGCACGCCGAGACAGCCAAACCCGGGUUCUGCCCACGGAAGCGUGCCCAGAGGAGCGCUGCCGCCUGCCCCAACCGCUGCACUGAUGACCGGGACUGCCCUGGGGACCACAAGUGCUGCUUCUCCGGCUGUGGGCUGGCCUGUGCCCCUCCGGACACAGGGAGCCACCAUGCCUCGGCGAAGCCUGGCGUGUGCCCCAUGGUGCUGCGGGGCUCCCUGGGGCCCUGCCUGGAGCUGUGUGACACCGACGGUGACUGCCUUGGGGAUGACAAGUGCUGCACCACCGGCUGUGGGCACGUCUGCAAACCACCCACCGAGGUGUGGCCAGGGCUCUGUCCCCCUGCAGCGGAUGGUAACCGGGCAGACAAGUGCCUCCUCCUGUGCCUGCAGGACAAGGAUUGUCCCACUGGCCAGAAGUGCUGCCAGCAGGGCUGCAGCCGGGUCUGUGUCCCCCCGCUGUGGGGCACAGCCUAGCCCUGGCCAGGAAGAGCUGCAC